AUGCGUAUAGCGAGUGCUUUUGCCAUUGUGCUCGGUUGCCUCAUAGUUGGUGGCUUCGGUUAUCCCAAACAGCCAACAUUUUCCUCAUGUCAGUCAUCUGUGUGCCAUUCUGGUGCAAAUACUGGCUACGGUUGUCUAGGUGGCAUCUGCGACUACACGUGUUCCGAGUCAUCGUGUCACGGUUUCGGCAACGCAGUCUUUCCACACAAGGGAAUGCAGGAGACGUGGGGUAGUGGAGCACUGGGUAAGCAUGGCUGCUAUGGUGGAAACUGCGGCUACUGGAGUGGAUGCAAUGAUGGCAAGUGCAGUGACUUCUACGACUUCCAGCAGUGUCAACAUGUUGAAUGCGUCGAUGGAUCGUUCCAUGGCUAUGGUUGCAGCACUGGUGGCAACUGCCGAGUUGUCUGCUUCAUUGAUGUUUGCCAUUCCGUUGACAAUUAUGGUAAGGUGUACCAACCCACGAUGGCCACACAACAGGCACUGGGGUAUGAAGGUGAGGUCGUUCUGCCAAUCAAUUUCGCCGGCACGAGCGUUGCUGCUUAUGCUGAACAUCCGAAAGAAGAAAAUUUGGACCAAUUGAAAGCAGUGGCAAACCAUAUCACUGAUCAUCUGUCCAAUCUUGAUGCCAGGCAGCUGCAACUCUUCAUUGAGUCAACGUCAAACAUUGAUGAAGUGAUUACCUGCCUCGGUAAUGACAUGAUUGAAGUUAUCAUCUCCAAGGUACCAAAUAUCAAUGACCUGCUGCCGAAAUUGAAGCCCACGACGAUUGGCAAAAUUGCUUCCAACUUGUGCGCCGAAAUACUUAGAACCGUGGAGGUGAAACCACAUGGCAUGUGCGAUGGAACGCAUGGAAUGUGCGAUGGAUAUGGCUAUGGUUGGCAAGAGAUGGGCGACAGAGAGGACAAUGCAGCUCCAACGAUGAUAAGUGGUGUGCAAAGCUACGACCUUCCUGCGUAUCCGAUUGUGGACAGUGGGCAAGGCCAUUACUCUGACCCGAUGAUGACACGCAUGUCACACUAUUAUCACCCUGUGGAUUCACAGUCUCAAGUGUCAAGCACUCCCACUUCCGUGUCCACCCUCGAUCCACGUGCUCUCCAAUCAAUCCUCAUAAACAUGACCAACCUCAAUCAACUUCUAAUGUCAGUGGAUCCAACGCUUCUUCAAUCUGCUCUGAAAAGCGUGUCAGGAAUCGGUCAUGUAUUUUCUGCCAUAAACCCAUAUGCAUUGCAAUCGAUGCUGGGACGCCUUCCACACCUCAACCAUGUACUGGCACACGCGGAACCAAACCUCCUCCAAUCCCUAUUAGCUGAGAUACCUAACAUCCAUGCUGUUUUGCAUGGUGUCAAUCCACACAUUACUCAAUCCAUGUUGCCUGAUAUGCCCAAGCAGUUGCCCGUAGUGGUGGAGCAUGAUGCUACGAAGGCAGGACUUGCUACUGAGGUGCCUAAUCCACCAGGUCUAAUGGAUCCCACGGUUGCGCAUGCAAUUUUCUCAACCCUGCCAAAUAUUCCCCCUCAGUACGCCAACGCUUUGUUCAAUAUGGAGCCUCGCUUUGUUCAAUACAUAAUGCAGAACCACCACAACCUCCACAGUCUUGUAGACAAUAUGGACGCCCAGACACUACAGUACGUAGCUGCGCAUGUUCCUCAAUUUGGCACAAUUCUCUCCAAGCUGCAUCCCAACACAUUGGAAGUUGUUCUCGACAAACUACUCAACACCGCAAAACACUUAACAGACACGGACUCCGAAGCAGUACGAGCUAUUAUGUCAAAAUUGCCCGCCUUUGCUAAAUACGCACAUCUACUGCCAACUCUGACUACUCCGUCAAAGGUGCCAUCACACUUACCUGAGAUAGGCAAGGAGAGUAAGGAGGAGGAGAAGAUACCAAUGGCAACUGCAACCCCGGCGCCUAUCAUCGCAAAUGAGGAGCCUGGAAUGGUGAGGUCGAAUAUACAGCUGAUUGAUAAGCUGUUGCAGUUGGUGGAUCCGAGGAAACUGGCUGCUCUGCGUGUAUUAAUGCCCGAUUUGCCACAAAUCCUGAACGACUUGGGUACAAAUCAGUGUGAUGUAUCCGUUUUUACGUCGAUGACGUGGAGUGCUAUUCGAGACACUACUACUGCUGACGGACAGCCAACACCCUCCAACACUAGCAAUCACGAAACAUCUUGA